AACGAAUGUGCUUCUAAUCCGUGUUCAAGUAAUGCUACGUGUGUUGAUCAGUUUCAAGCUUACACGUGCAAAUGUCCAGAAGGGUAUUAUGGAUCAAACUGUGCUGAAGGUGUAAAUGAAUGCGCUUCUAACCCUUGUUCAGCCAAUGCAACAUGUAUUGAUCAACAUACUAGUUAUGUAUGUUUAUGUCCAGAUGGAUACUAUGGAUCGAACUGUCAAGAAGACUUUAAUCAAUGCGCAUCUAAUCCUUGUGUUAACGGAACAUGUUACGAUCAACCCGGUGCAUAUAACUGUUCUUGUUCGCCGGGCUAUGUGGGAACAAACUGUAAUAUCCGUAACGAUUGUUACUCAAAUCCAUGCUUAAAUGGUGGUACCUGCAUGGUAGGCUCUUCAGGAAUCGGUUAUAACUGCUCUUGUAUAAAUGGAUACACCGGGAAUGAAUGUCAAUCAGAUAUUGACGAAUGUAGUUCUUCGCCUUGCGCAAGUAAUGCUACUUGUAGUAACCUUAUUGGAAGAUACGAAUGUAACUGUGCACCAGGCUACGUAGGACCAUUCUGUUAUGAAAAAAUUAACGAAUGUAUCUCCAGUCCAUGUUCUGGUAACGCUACUUGUAUAGAUCUAUUUCUUGGUUACUCGUGUAAGUGCCCACAAGGUUAUUAUGGCUCUAAUUGUAGUCAAGGUGUAAAUGAAUGCGCUUCUAACCCUUGUUCAGCCAAUGCAACAUGUAUUGAUCAACAUACUAGUUAUGUAUGUUUAUGUCCAGAUGGAUACUAUGGAUCGAACUGUCAAGAAGAUGCUAGUAAUAGUUGUUUACCGAAUCCGUGUUCAAAUGGUGCUACUUGUUUUGCUGGAAUUCAUGGAUAUAGUUGUUCGUGUUCUUAUGGAUUUACUGGCAAUAGGUGUCAAACAAAUAUAAAUGAAUGCCUUUCAUCACCGUGCCCAAAUAAUGCAACUUGUUAUGAUGGCAUUGGCAGUUACAAUUGCCAAUGUCCGAUUGGUUAUACAGGAUCUAUGUGCGAAACAGAAACCAAUGAAUGUGCAUCUAAUCCUUGCCCUGCCAAUGCAACUUGUGUUGAUGCUCACUUAUCUUAUUCAUGCCGAUGUCCACAAGGUUACUAUGGAAAUUAUUGUCGAGAAGAUGUCGAUGAAUGUGAAAGUGCCAAUAAAUGCGAUAGCAAUGCUACUUGUACCAAUAUUGAAGGUUCAUAUACAUGCCAAUGCAGACAAGGUUUUACGGGCAAUGGAUUUUCUUGCGAUGAGAUCGAUGAAUGCUUACUUAAAAUUGAUCAAUGCUCUAGUAAUGCAACAUGUGUUGAUACCGUUGGAUCAUACACAUGUACAUGUAAUUCAGGAUAUAGUGGUAAUGGCUUUAUAUGCGAAGAUCUUGACGAAUGC